GGAGACAGGGGUCAGGGGUGUCCCCAAAACCUCUCUGUGGGCUGUGGUACCCCCCAUUCACGCAGCACCCGGUGUCCCUGCCCACCGGCGGGACCAAGGGGACAUUGCUUUCCCCAGGAACUAUCACACCACCAUCUGGCAUCGCGGACCUGUCAGCAAUGUCCCUGCCUGGGGGUGUCUGGGGUCUCCGCGGCAGAGGGCGCUGGGUGUUGGGGGGGGGACAGGGCAGGACGUGGGGUGCUGGAGGGAAAAAUGGAGCCACGCGCCCAUGUCACGAGCACACCAUGCUCCCAGCCUCAGCCAGCCCAGGUCCCGUCCCCAGCUGAGCCUUUUGGUCACUGCUCAGCCACCCUACAUGGGGACAGGGCCUGGAGACGUGGCCGAGUCCCCAUGGCGUGAUGGUGACGGACGGCUCCAAGCCGUCCCUGCGGGCAUGCAAUGAGCCGAGGUGGUGAAAUCAGCGCUUCUUUGGAGACCUGAUCUGGGGGCAGGGUGUUGCGUGUCACCCCGUCCCUUCAUGCCAGCAUUACACAACCUGGCCGCCGCCUCCCCACCCCACAUCGGCCUCUCCGCAGCCACCGCCAGCCCCCGGGGCCGCCCGAGCAGGACGUGACGUGGUUUCCGCUCCCCGAGCAGCACGAGGCGGCCGCCGAAACUGCUCCUCGCUGCGGCUGGGGGCUCCGGGGCACCCCGGGCUCAGCUCCUGCCUGCAGGGUGCUGGGGUGCACGAGGUGGGUCCUGGAGGGACACCGCAGGGUGACCUGCAGAGCCUCGGACAGGCCGCCUGCAGGUGCGUUGCACACACACCUCGGCCAUGCAGGAAGCUCUCUUUGAGUCAUGGAUGAUUUAAUUUCCCAAAAGACCCAUUUCUUGGCGAUUCAGCCCUAAGGAAAGCAGGAGCUGAGGCUGCUGCUCGCUGGGAGAGCCUGCAGCCUGGCAACAUGGAGCCACGGCACAUGGAAACAGUGCACAGCCCCCGCCCUGCUCCGAGUCACCGUAACCUCCAGUUUUGGCUUCCCCAGCACAGGGAUGUGGGGUGCAGGCACCACCAGGCACUACCCCUGGGACACCCACGUCCCUGGGGAAAAGACAUCCUGUGGGGUUUGGGGCGGGAUCAGAGCCGAGCAGGGAGGGACUUGGGGAGCCACGGGGCAGCCUGUCCAAGAGGAAAGGUGCCAACGCGCUGGGCAGGAGUGGAAACCUCAGCACCCAUCUCCACCAACUACCUGCCAGACUGCUUUUGCAAUCAGCCAAAACAGGGCGAUACGGGCGGAAAGGAGCCCGCACGGAGGCUGAAGCCACGGUCCCCAAGCUGCCUAGGGCCCCACGCCACCACGCCGAGCCGGUAUUCGUCUGGCUCUGGCCGGGCUGCCUGGAGCCUGGCUGCUCCCUCCCAGCUGCCCGCAGCAGGCAGCUCGCACAGCAGCACGCAGGACAGCUCAGCGGCGAGGCUAAAAUUAGGCUGCGAGGCCAGAAAUAGCCUCACUGCGAGGCCGCCGGGGCUGCAUCGGAGCGGCCGGACAGGUCCUGAGGCAGACGAGGCAGUGGCGGAGCCAGGACACCCCGGGUUGCUGCUGCAAUAACACGUCCUGGGCUACUGCACGCGGGAUCCACCAUGGGCGACCGGCACAGAUUGGUGCCAGCCCCGGUGCCACUUUUUCUGGAGGGAGCCCUGUCCUCGCGGUCCCCAUCCCUCCACAGGAAUGGAUAAAACCCUCCAGAAGGGUCAGACCAAUGCCUGGUGGCUCUCGCAGCCCCAAGGGAGCGCCAGGUGGGACCAGGCACCCAAGCAGCCCACGAGGGGCUGCCCCCACAGGACCCGUUUUGGCCAUCGGUGCCAUCUGCAGAAAGGGGACGGUGGCACCCGCUGCGCAGCCCGAACCUCUCCCACAGGGACCCCCAGCCCGUGGAGCACCAACGAGCUUUGUACUGGGUUGUCCCAAAGGCCGUGCACGUCACAGGGACUCAUUAUACCACGUGUGGGACCCUGAAAAGCCAGGAACAAGUACCACUGGUGGGACAGGGCCUCCCACGGGCCGAGGAUGCCGGCAGAGUGUGGGGUGCCAGCGAUGUCCCCACAGAGGUGGCCAUGCUGUGACGGCUGAGUCCAUCUGUCCCCAGCAAGGCUGGCACGACCCCGUCCUUGCAGGCAGGGCUGGGCCCGGUGGCAGGAUGUGGCACCGUUCGGGUUUGAAACUGGGUGGUGGCUGCCUUCCCCCGCGGGGGCACGUGGUGCGGGCGAAGGAAGUGGCCUCCCACCCCGGGCGCCCCGCUGUGGUCCGUGGCGUCAGUCGGGAGCACAAAGAAACCGGUUCUCGCUUCCUGCUGGGGGCCCUGGUGCCACCGGGGAUGUGGGGCAGGGUGGCCUCCGAGGUGGUAAACAAAGGACUUGGUCCUUCCCCUCCUCCUCCUCAGGGGAUUGGGAUGGCAGGGACGAGAUGGAGGGGACAAGGGGACUUACCCCAGCAGUCACAACCCACCCCCCCGGCCAGCACCCUCAUCGCACCCAGGAGCUGGCGUCGAGCCCGUCCCCGUUCUGCCGUGCCACGGGCUGCGUCAGGACCAGACCGCACAGCCUGCGAGGGCGGGCGCAGACACGGAGCAGCGUCACAGCCUGCCACGCUCCUGCCAGCCUGAACGGAUGCCACCAAGGGUCCCCCACGCAUCCCUCCGGGACGGGAGGUCCCCAGGGCCUGCGGUGACAUCUCGGUGACGCUCUGGGACGGGAGGCGGCUGGCCGGGACCCUGAGCUCAGCCAAAGCCAGCACAGGGAGGGUUUGCUGGGGGUUGUGCCGGGAUUUACCCUGCACCUAAAACCAGACGGGGGGAGGCGAAGCAGCACCUACAUCAUUUCCCGCUACGAAAAGGCCUUUUCUUGUUGCACCAACCACAGCACCGAGGCUGCGCAGAGGGCUCCUGCCUGGCAGAGCUAUUUUGGGUGUCAGGCACCCCGAAUUUUCAUUCCACACACAAACAGGGGCUGCGCACACCCCGAGUGGCCUCUGAGCAGGUGGAGAUGAGCAGGGCCAGUCUCUGCACCCAGCCAGAGAGAAAAUUAAAAGCAUCCGCCACGGAAGCGUUCGCUCUGCAAAACACACCCGCGGCGGCGCCGCCGUCGCUGGUUGGCUGCCCGACGGGCUCGAGUGAAAACCAGACCGAAACAAGACGGCCGUUGCUUAGGGAUCGCGGCCGAGCUGCUCAAGCGUCUUCUGCGGUUUCUUGGCCUGCGCGGGGCCGGGAGGGAGCCGCACGCAGCAGCUGGGAGCGGUGGCACCAGGGUGGGAGAAAGCAGGGAGGAGAGGGACAGCGUGCGGGGCCGCAGUCCUCCGCUGUGCUCGGCGGGGAGCUGGAGGCUCCCGUGGAGAUUUGGGUGCGGGCACAUGAGUGCAGGACCACGUAACGGAUGAGAAGCUCUGGUCCCAGUGUAAAGCCUCAAAUGCCAGCCAGCACGUGGAACAGGACAUCCCAUCCUGAGCCUCCCACGGCCUGGAAGAGGCCUGGGACACCCUGCCGGGAGCUGGGGGAGCCCCAUGGCUGAGCCCGUCGUGUGUGGUUCCUCCCAGUACACAGGGGGAAGGUGGCAGCCGCUGGCACGAAGCAGCAGCCCCUGUCUGCCACAAGAAAGGAGCUGGAGCAGACCCAAGGUGGCAGCUUGGAGGCUUUCACCGACCGCUUGGCCGCAGAAGGACUGACGGCACCGGGUGGCUGGGCUGGCAGCCCAUGGGGCACGCCGGUCCCAGGCUGCGCCGUCCCUGGUGGCUACGGGGCGCGAUGCUCCUGCCAGGCGUUCCCGUGCUGUCCCCUCCAGCAAGCGUCACCAGAGCCAUCCCCGCUCCGGGAAGCGCCUCUCUCCUUCCUAUCCUCACCUGGCACAGAGGCCACAGCCUUUCCCCGAGGCUCAGCGCCAGGCACCCCACAGGACAGGGACCGCCCGGGCUCUCCCGAGCCCAGCACGCCGCAAUCAGGGCUGGGCAACGCUCCCAGGACCGGCUCACCCUCAGAGGGAGUCCCUGGAGCCAGCCGUGGCCGCGUCCCAAACCCGCCACGUGCCCGAGGGAAAAGCUGGCAGGGGGAGCAGGCAGGAGCCCUCCGGAGGCCGGAGCCCACCCCAGGGGAGGCGAGGAGUUGCUAAGGGACAGGCGCCUGCUAGCGCACGGCUGCGGCCAAGGCCUCCCCACCGCCUGCUGCUCCCGGCUCUAUUUUAAGAACAAGCAGAAGCUGCUCUCAGCGCACGGUGGGGAAAUGAGACUGAGCAGCCACGCUUGCCUCCCUGACGAGCGUUUGCCCGUCCUGCGACGGCAGGGUGGGGGGAUCCCCACAUUGGGACACCCUCCUAGUUCAGCCAGGGCCUGAUCCAGCCACGCGCAGCACCCUCGGCGCAGGGGCUGCCUGCCUUCCUAUCUCCAUGUGGCGCAGGCACGCGUCCCGUGGGGACGCCGGGGACACCAGCAGAGCUGCAGAGGAUUCCCUGCUCCUUGCAGAAGCCCAUCACGGAGCCGGCUGUGCCUCCCCACAUCCCGCCGAGCUGCGCCAGCCCCGUACGCCGUGCGGGGACGGGUCCGGCACAAAGCCGGGCAUCGUUCUUCCUUCCUGCCCGCGAUUCCCCCAGCUCGCGGUGCGGCCGCGGCCGGGGCUCGCUGGUGACCGGCCUCACCGCCGCGCUCCGGCCAGCGGCACAUCUGCAAACAUCUGCAGCGGUGCCGGCUGCCAGCUCACCCAGACAACUGCAAACACAAAGCAGCGCCUCGUGGCCACCCAGGGCCCUGCGGCACACAAGGAGCUUUCACCAACGUGAAGUUUCGAGGUCUCCCAGUUUUAAUCCCUGUCCCACAGCCUGCCCCGAUUUCGCAGAGCACUUGCUGCUUUUAAGUGACACCAAGGACCUAAGCAAGGGCUCGGGGGAAUUUUCCACCCAGCUCCUCAAGGGCUCAGGGUUUUUAGGUCUCUGCCCUUUCAGCUGCAGCUGAUCGCUCUUCCAGGUCCCGAGAGAGGCCAAAGCAAAACUCUCGCUGCCCCGUGGACCAGCAGAGCGAGGAGUUGCCAUGGUUUAGCAGCAAAACCUCACAGCAGGGCCACCACGGUCCCGUCUGCUGAGCGCCACCAUCCCAGAGCCCUCCCUGCUGUCUGUGGAUGCUUGGGCAGCCCAGCUGCUGCUCACCUCCACCACACCCUCGGCACACGGUUUCGUUUUGCCAUCCCUGAACCUUUUGUCUUUCCCCUUUGUAACAAGGGGUAACAGCUGCCCUGAGCAGAAGCCUCUGCACAUCCCCAGCCCAGCAGCCGGAGACUCAGCCUCCUUCCUCUGCUUCUCCCCACAUCCCCAAACUCCAGAGCCACACCGGCACGUCCCAGGUCACUUGGCACAGGGACAGCCCUGCCAUCCCUCUGCCAAAGCGGCAUCUGCCACGGUGCCCUAGCUGGGAAUAAGCCAGAAUGUCUGGAAUAAAACCAAAUUCCCCAUUUCUGAGCACACAGUGGGUUUAUUCCUCACCUCCCCACCAGCAGUUUGAACCCCCAGGACUCUGCCGCCAGCCUGACAGUCCCUCGGGCUGCCUUUCAGCCUGGAUUUUUCCCAUUAUUUCUCCCAGUUUAGGAUGUCUGGCCAGGAAUUGGUUUGCACUGACAUGGUCUCGUGGCACUGGGGUGCAGCAGCCCUCCUGUGGUAUCACCAUACCGAGACCAUGUGCUGGACCCAGACCACGUCCCAGCAAUAGAACAGGAAGGUUUCCAGCCCACCAGCUCACACCCCACUGCUAAUCUCACACCCUUUGCAGGUGAGAAAUGAAUCCAUGAGCACUGCAGGUCCCUAGAGAUGAUUAAAAAUACAAUUAGGGUGGCUGAAGGCAGAGCAGCCCUCCGUCCUCCUGUAGUGGGGAUCCUGCUGCUGCCCCCACCAAUGCUGCCAUGAGUAGGGAUGGUGAAAGGAGGGGGAAGGGAGCCCGUGAAAGGAGGAAGAGAGAUUGGGACAUCCAAUUUCACAAGACAGCCAGUUCCCGUGUCGCCAAAACCAGCACACUUGUCCCAGUAGCUCCCUGCCAGGGCUUUUCCUUGGGAUCAAGAAGGCUUGGGUCACAGGGAGAGUUUGGAUCACCAGUUGGCCCUUUUUGAUCACUUUUCAGGUUAGGAUUUGGACCCCUCCAGAGCACACCUAGGCCCCAUCUCACCAGCGGAAAGUGACACUUCCUGAGGCCUCGCAAUCGCAGCCGCAGCACCCCAAAGUCCCCAGCUGCCAGCCCCCUUCUGCAACCACGGCGUGCGUGCACCCCGGAGCCAUUACAGGCACAAUCUCAAUCUCGUACUGCCAUCCGCACCCAAAACAGCACACCAGGAGUCACACAGCCACCCCCGGGGGACAGCAAAGCCCCGUCCUGGGGCUCUCGGCAGCACCACGCAGCCCCGGCGUUGCAGAGCCCUUUGCAAUGAGCCCCCUGCAGUCCCAGCGAGCCAAAGGAGAUGCUCUCCACAGCAGAGAAGUCACAGCCUGUGGCUGCAGGCAAAGCAGGCACUUCAGCUGUGAUGCCUGUCCCCAGUAAUCCUCCCGUAAUCGCAACGCGAUGGGAAAGCUUGUAAAUAAUCCUGGGCUGGGGCCGGGCGGGCCGGGGCGGGGGGUCCUGCCUGCUGCGGGGCCGCAGGAGCUGCGGAGCGACUUGGGUCACGGCACCGGCGCUGCUCCGGACCUCGUUGUGUAACGGCAGCCGCAGGAGCCGGGAGCCUUUGUCCGCAGCUGGAGCCCCUGCCCAGGCUCAGGUUAACGUGGGCUCUUAUUUUGUGCAGGGGAUGAGGGGAUUAAAGCAGCAAGCGUUUCCCUGCUCCCAGUGCGCUCCCGGUCUGCCCUGGGGCUUUUUUGGGGAGCGUGGGGACGCAGGACCGCGACCUUCAGAGCGUGCCCCAGCUCCCCGGUGCACAGGGUGGCUGCGGAAAGGGCAGCCGAGCUGCUCUCGCCUCCGCGCUCCGGGACUGCGGGGGGAAAGGCCACGUCGCUGAGCGCGGGGGAAGGCACGUGUGUGGGGACUGCGUCCAGCACAGCUGGACAGUGAAGGUCACGGCCAUCCGCCACCUCCCAAGGACGGAGAGGAGCUUCCAGCAGCUCAGCACGGUGCCGCCGGUGACCAGCAACUCGGCUCACCUCCUGCUCUGCCUACCUGAGCAUUUCCCAGAGCUGCACAGACACCCGUGAAGGGCUGGCGGGGGGCUCGGCCCCACAGCACGGGGAAAGCAGGCGGCUUGCCCAAGGCCACGCAGCGAGGCUGGGGCAGAAGCGCCCCGUCCUCACGCCAGGGGCUGAGAUGCGGAGAGCAGGAGGGAGGGAAGGGAGAGAGGGAGAGAUCCCGGAAAGCGGCAGCUGCUGGGACGUGCAGGAGAGGAGCUCCAGGCGGACGGGAGGAGGAUCCUGGCCUCCUCGGAGCAGGAGAGGAUGAGGCAGCUGUUCUCGCCCUGUUAGCAUGCGGCUCCUGCCUCCUGACGGCCCUGGUGGAGCAAGGACCAAUUCAUCUCCUGGCUCUUGCUGCACUGGCAUCAAUAAGCACAGCUCCAAAUCGCUGCCAUUACAUGCGCGCGUUAUUCCCCAGCGCCAGAUAAGAGAGAUGGAGAUAAAGAUCUGCUGAGGGCCAUGCGAGGACAGAGCCAGAGCCUGGGACCCCCAGCUCGUGCACGUGCUGCCGAGGUCCAGAAGCCCUGCGCAGCCCUGCUCACCCGCCUGGGGCAGACGCUGGCACCAACGUGUCAGUCCGGCUCUCGCAGCACCUCCUGUUCUGCAAGGUGUGCUGCUCCUGGUCACCCGCUGCGAUGUCAGGGUAAGCCACUUGUCACUCCAGAGGCCUCGCGUGCUGGGGGAACGCGCCAGACCUGUUCUGCCAACCUCAACCUCUGCGGCAAAAACAAGGCAGAGACCAUUAACAGGCACCCUCACCACGCGGCCCCAAACCAUUCCCACCCUCUGCAAACCUCAGCUCCCACGUGGGGAUGCGCGACGUGUCCAGUGGGAGCCUGGCAGGAGGCAGCUGCCACAGAUUCCUGAUGCGACCUUGGCGUGUUGCUGUGUCCCCCCAGCACCGAGCACCGAGCUCUGUGCCUGGGGAGGCCUGAGAGGAGCCGCAGGCAGCUCACAGGCACAGAAAUUGGGGUCACCCACAUUAUGGUAUGUUCUGACUUUCCAAGGCUUGACUUUGCAGUUUAAAUACCUUCAUUUCAUUAAAUAUUUCAUUAUUUCAUUAAAUAUUUUGCAUUUAAUUCCCUAAGUUCCUUUUUUUUUUUUUUUUUUUUUUUUUUAAGGGAAAGCAUUGCGACAAGCGUGGCUACAGCCAAACCACCCCCAUGAGUCAGACCCUGAUGGAGCUGUGGGGACGGGGAGAGGGGACCGGCCACCCUGACACCUGCCCCAGGGCAGGGCUGUCACAGAGGUGUGCCUUGCUCUACCUGGUGACAGCUGUCCCCAGCUUGGAUGUCAUCUACCCCAUCUCCCAGCAGUGUGGGGCAAGGCCCAGGAGGGCAGAUGUCACCAGGACCAUGUGCAGGGACCAGCCAGACCAGGGCUUUGGGGACAGGCUCUACUGAGGGACAGGGGCUCUGUGGGGGUGCUGGGUCUGUCACCACCCAAUCGAGCAUCCUGUCUGCAUGCCAGGGGAAACCUGGGUGCUGUCAGAGCACACGUGUUCAGGUGCACCUAACACCUUCCUGACCACACGUGGGAGUGUGCCAGGGUUGCAAUCUGUGCCCUGUGAUCCCAUCUGGGGUACAGCAUGAGAAUGGAGUCACCCUGUGCAGGAGGGCGCAUGGCUCAGCUAAGAGGGAGAUGGGUCCUAGGACAAGCCCCAGGCUGCCCGCUGGGCCAGGUAGAGGCCAGGCUGUUAUCACAAAGGGCCCAGCAAUCCCUGCUGGGUUAGGGGGUGCCCCAUGCCAAGGGCAAGUGCCACCAGAGCAGCAGGCUGGCCAGGGCAGGGCUGGAAGGAGGUGACAUGAGGGACAGCUUGGGGGUUGUAUUGCCAGGAAAGGCAGAGACGAGGCCAAGGGGACCAUAUCCUGGCCACAUUGAGGUGGGAUGAGAGCAGUGACAGCAGGGCAGGAGAUGGGGGCAACCAGGGAGGACUGAGCUGUGUCCCCUUUCACUCAGGGUGUUGUUUCACAGGCCAUCUGGGGGGAUCUCGGUCCUGCAGCAUUGCCAGCAGUGAGCACAACGCAGAGCACACAGCAGCCCUGGGUUGGGGUGCUAGGGGGAGCAUGUGGAAAGUUGUGGGGAGCUGGGGGUCAGCCUCUUCUCACAAGUAACUAGUGAUAGGGCUAGAGGGAACUGCCUCAAGAUGUGCCAGGGGAGGUUCAGGCUGGAAAUUAGGAGACAUUUCUUCUCUGAAAGAGCAGUCAGGCAUUGGAGCGGGUUCCCCAGGGAGGCGACAGCAUCACCAUCCCUGGGGAUGUUAAAGGAAAGGUUGGAUGUGGUGCUUAGGGACAUGGUUAUUGGGUGACAUUGGUA